CGAACCGAACCGAAACAGAAGCAGCAGCUAGGGGCCGAAAAGGAGAAGAAGGAGACGACGAGAGGUGGGGGAGAGGAAGUGGAACCGAGCUUUCGGUGCGUUGGGGUGGAGUACAGGAGUGGAGUAAGAGGAGGAGAGGGUCGAGGCAGCCGCGGCGGAAGGUAGGUCGAGUUCUCGCGCGCGGCCGCUGCGGGGGGUUUAGUUAGGGUCUGCUCGGUCUUGAUGUCGGCGGCGGCGUGCUGAAGCGCGCUUUCUCGGCGGCGGAACCGGCGGCGGGGGCACGGAGGGAGAUGGUGGCUUGCUGCUCCAUGCGGAGGUCGUUCAGGGACUCGCUCAAGGUGCUGGAGGCCGACAUCCAGCACGCCAACACCCUGGCGUCGGAUUUCUCGAGGGAUUACGACGGGGCGUGCCUGCAGAUGCGGAUGUCCUACAGCCCCGCCGCGCACUUCUUCCUCUUCCUCGUGCAGUGGACCGACUGCAGCCUCGCCGGCGCGCUCGGCCUGCUUAGGGUUCUGAUUUACAAGGUUUAUGUCGAUGGAACCACCACCAUGUCCACUCACGAGAGGAAGGCUAGCAUCAGGGAGUUUUAUGCUGUCAUAUUUCCCUCCCUCAUGCAACUGCACAACGGGAUCAGCGACGUCGACGACCGGAGGCAGAAGGCGGUCUGCACGGAGAGAUACAGGAGGAGGGAUGAGGAUCAGAGCAAGAGGCAGGUCUCGGAGAUUGAUUCCGAGAGAGACGAAGAGUGUGGGAUCUGCAUGGAGCUGAACAGCAAGGUUGUGCUGCCCAACUGCAGCCAUGCUAUGUGCAUCAAGUGCUACCGUCAAUGGCGUUCAAGAUCUCAAUCGUGCCCCUUCUGCCGUGACAACCUCAAAAGAGUAAAUUCUGGAGAUCUAUGGGUGCUCACUGAUCACGGAGACGCGGUUGACAUGGCGACAGUGACUAGGGAGAACAUCAGGCGCUUGUUCACGUAUAUCGAGAAGCUGCCUCUCAUUACGCUGGAUAACAUCUUCGAUGCCUAUGAUUCUCAUAGGAUGUUCCUCGUCCUAGGAUGUGGCUGACCAUGGAGCAGUUAGUCGUCAAGUUUGACAAAGAGACCUUGUGAGCUCUGACUGAGGUGUAGAGUUGUGCUCUCAGGGUUUGUAAAUGCUUGUACAGAUUUAUAAUUUGCAUGGGGAAGUGUAGGAAAACAAAAUAUUGUGUUCUACAGUAUGCUAGCUCUGAUGAGAAACACUUGUUAGUAGUACAUGUACUAUUUAUGUGUUCAUUGUAAUGCCAAUAUGAUUUGCAGUUUCAACUGAAUACAUGUGCAUUUCAGCUUGUUUUUC